GGGGCGGCGCGGCGGCCGGCCGCGGCCAGUUGACCUGGAAGAGGCCGCCGGCGCCGGGUCAGCGCUGACCUGAGGCGGAUCGAGAGGGGGAGAGUGGUGGUGGUGGCACGAACAUCGCGCUGAGAGUGAGCGAAUCGUGGUGAAUGGUGCAUCGGAAGAGAAAAUGGGAAUCUUAAGUGAGAUGCAGCCCAUGGAGCGGGCUUCAGUGUUGGUGAUAUCAUAGAAUCUUCUUCAUAUCAGAUUGAAUAAGGUUCGUCGACAGACCCGAGGAUGCUGUCUCCACCGCUACGUGGCCGUGUGGCCGGCAGCGCCGAGCCUCGACCUCCCGUCUACCGGCGCUCCACGUCUCUGGGUGUGGCCGCCGCCACCCAGGCUCGCGCGCGGCCCAGCAGCAUGUUGACCCUCUCCACAGGCCGGUCAGUGCUGGCCCCGACAGUGCCGCGUCGUGACUACGACCCGAGCCUGACGCGGGCGCUGGCGGCGCUGGAGGUCCCCGGCUCCAACGUGCCGCGCGUGCUACAGGGCCGCCGGCUGUACACCUCCGGCUCCAGCGGCGCGCUCGGCUCGGCGGGCUCGACAGUGAACUCCAGCUCCGCCGGAAGUUCUGCAGGGAUGGCGAGUGAGUUUGGUACGCUCAGGCGGCGUUCUCGACAGAUGGACACUGGUGGGCUGGUCCGCAGUCGCAGUGGGAUCUUCGGCGAGCUGAAGGAGAAGUCUGAGGUGCCGCUGACGCGCACGCGCACCGCUGUGUUUGGAGGAAGCCGCGCAGGCUCAGUGCUUCGGGAGGACCAUGAAGGGGAGACGAGGGGUGCCCAGCGACCACCGCACAGACCUUUGAGCGCUGUUCUGGGGGACGCGACGGUGUCACGAGAUGGAACCCUCAACACGAGGAGUGGCGUGAGCCCGGGCAAGUCCAGUGGCGGCAGUCGAGACGGUAGCGCCGCCGGCAGAGGGGCACCGAGACGUUCGGCGUCGAGCGCGAGUGUCGUGGCAACGAUCGAUGAAUCAAAUCGUGACAGUGACAGGGUAUUGACUAAAAACUCUACAGCAUUGGCAGCAGAAGGCAAGCAGCCAGUUGUCAUGGAUCCCAAAGUAGCUGAAACUGACAAAAGGGUGAAAGCUGGCAGCGGUCGUGGAGAAACCGAAAGCUACUCGAAGAUAUCUGCGGCAGCUGCGAGCAAGGUCACGUCUGGGUCAAUUACCAAGGAGCCAACAGGAACUUCACAAGAAAACACAAUCAAGCAGAGUCAAAUAUACGCCCCAGAGUCUGGCGCAGACCACGACGCAAAACAGGCAAGAAAAGAAGCAACGCCGGGAACCGCGCCAAAACCAGACACGCUUGUGUCAAAACAGUGCGAAACGACAAACAAUGUGCCUGAAAACAGACCAAGCUGCUCUGAUGAAACAGAAAGGUCAACUGCUAAACAAAAGGGAAACGUGGUUUCGAAAGGUCUGGGUGCCUCUCAAAUAGAAAAGCCGUCAGGGCAAACAUUGACAAAUUACGAUGAAGCCAUGAUGUUGUUGGGAGCUAAUUCGAGCCACUCACGAAGUCCGCCUGCGCCUGAGGUACCGUCUCUUGCUCUUACAACUCCCGACAAACCAAAGAGUCAACCGCUAAAGGAAACGGCACAAGAACCGGUAGAAAGGCGGUCUGGGUUAAGUUCAAAAACGCCUGAAGCUCAUAACGAUACAGAGAAGAGCAUCCAAAUAACAGUGAAACAUACUGAUGGAGCAGAGCAUGAGACCAAGACGACGACCAAAACAAAGAAGGUAAAGAAAAAGAAAUUAACGAAGACAUUACCUGAAUUGGAUGUGGAAAAGGAGCAUCUGAAGGGAAAUGCCAGUUCCAAGAAAGAGAAAUCAGAGCUUUUACAAAUUGGCUGCCAAAACAAACCAAAUGAAGGGGCUGUUACAAAGAGAAUGGAGAUCACAGAUGAUAUAAACAACAAUAUCUACCUGAAAAAGUCAGUCGCUAAAACCAACAGUCCUAUUUCUGGUACUGAUGCGUCAGGCCAGGUAAGCAUAAGUGAUAAAGAAAUAAAUAAAAACAUUCCAGCAAGUCUCGAUAAUGCCAAAGCGCAUAACACCUAUACGCAAACAGCAAAACCACCAGAGAAAACAGGAGCGACCGGGAGUGAAAUCGUCGCCGAAAUCAAUUCAAGCCAUGAAGGGUUGGCUCAUAAACCUGGAAAAUCGGAAAUACCGAUAGUUGGCACUGCCGAGUCUGCGAAUGUUUCUAUAGUGAAUCAAGCCUCAAAGCUCGACGAAAAGAAAAUGGAGAUGCUUCAGCAUAUGACUUCUAACCAUCAAGGUGAGGAUUUACAUUCAACUCAAAAACGUCCAGGCACUUCUGCAAAACAAGCAGACGCUUCAAAGCCUGUCGCUCCGUUGAGUCCUCCGAAUGCAGCUACCUCUUCAUCAUCAGUUAUAUCAACCAAGGGAGCAAAAGAUGUCAAUGCGGGGAAGACAACGCUCCAUUCUACAGGAAGCAAGGAAGUAGCGGAUCAAAUUGAAGCGGCUGGUGUACGAGAGAACAGUUCGAAAUCAAUUGCUAAUGAAGGGGCAGCGAAGGCCAAUUCAGCUAGCAUGGAAAACAACCCAAUCUCGAAGCACGUAGAAGCAAAACGACUGAACACUGCCAUGACAUGCGAAGAUAGUCUUUCCGCAAAAAUCUUGAGUGGCACAGACAGACGACAAAAAUCACCCGUCCAGUCGGAGUCAAGCAGCAACACGCUCACAUCUCCCGCUGUUGACAGUCAGCGCUCAGAGGUCACUGUCACGCACGCAGUAAGCGCGUCCCACGCGGCGCGUGACGCCCAUAGUUCGGAUGCCUCGGAUGCCGGCAGGAUGGCUGCGACUGACAGCAGUCCUGUCACAAAGCCCAGCGACAGCACCAGCUCCGGUGGGAAGUCAGAGCAGAAACAAAAUACCCCAGUGAAACAUCGAGAUCACACUGACAGAAAAAGCGGCCUAACCGACAGGGAGAAGAAUGUGAAUCGCAAUGCGGCAGUGGUUGGAGAUCGUCUGAUUGUUGGCGAAAUGGAGGGCGACGUGCCCUGUAUCAACGGGAAUGGAAGCACUAGAAAGACUCGAUCUAAGGAGCGGAAACUCUUAGCCCGUAGUCCAUGUGAAAAGCCUGUGCAAAGUACGGCAGCUAACGAGAAACAAACAAAGCAUAAUUUUGUAGUAGAACGAAAAGCAAAUAUGAAUGAGGCAUCGGCGCUGGCAGCAAAGCAAAGUGGUUUCAAAACAACGAAGACGUUACAAGAGACUAAUGCCCAAGCACUCCCUCAAAUAAAACUUGGCGGCGGUAAUGAUGCUGAACCAGCGCCUGUAAAGAAAAAAGUUAAAAUUGUUCGGAAAAAGCCACCGCUUAUAUCUGAACCACAGCAAAUUAAACUAACAAAUGUGACACCAACAAACAAACUGCAAUUUCCGGUUAAUACCCUUUCUAGCAUGUCUCCCUUUUUACGUGCUGAUCAAGAGAAAAACUCCAAAAACAGCAAACCUAAAACCAGUGUUACCGCUUUGAAACAACCAGUUGUGUCCGACAGUAGUGUCAAACAAGACGAAAGCGUGGGACGUUCGUCAGGAAAACCAACAAAGUUGCAAAAGAAAAGGGUCUCUAAAACACCUGAUGGCUCCAAAAGGUCCAAAAACAUGGAAAAAGUCGAAGCCCGUGAGACGUCAAAAACAAAACGAUCCGUGGAAAACGUUUCGACUGACGUCAAAGGCAUGCCAUCCGAUAAUUUGAAGCCAUCUUUAGCAAAUUCAAGAUCAAGAGCAAAGAGAAAAACAAACACUAAAAAGAGCAGUUCUAGUCGACUUGACACAAAGAAGGUCAAGUCAAGCUCAGAGCAAAGCUCAAGCUCUGAAAGCUGUUCCUCCAGCGAAUACGAUUCGGAGGAGGAGAUUUCGCCCCUCGAAAGAGCAAAGAGAGAAAUACGAGAAGCUAAGGAGCGGGAAGAGGCGCGCAAGAUUGAGAAAUUCCGUAGACGCGGGCAGCGGGCUAAAUUGAAAAUGGAAAGGCUUAAAAUGGAAGAUGAUCCUGAGGGGUACAUGAAAGUACCGGGUAACCUCAGGUUCGUGUUUAUGAUUAAGCAAGAUGACUGGAUGCAGAAGCAAAAGGAGGAAGCAACGAAGAAAGAAGAGGAAGCGUCCCAUGUAGAUGGAGCAGCGCCGCCGGCUGGCCCGGUGACGUCACUGCGGGACGGGCUGACGUCAUCGGAGGCCGUCCGUCGCCCGUCGGCCGAGAUCGACGAGUCGCCGUUUGACAGAAGGCUGGGCCCGCUGGGCGGACCACCGCCCAAGUUCCGCCAGUAUGCCCUGCAGGACUUCAGGCUGCUCAGAGUGCUCGGAAAGGGCGCGUUCGGAAAGGUUAUGUUGGCGAGAAUGAAGGACACUCGGAACUACUUCGCUAUCAAAUGUCUCCGCAAGGACAAAAUCGUGAACGAUGAAGACGUCGAAGACACCUUGAUAGAGAGGAAGAUCUUGACCCUCGGCACCAACCAUCCAUAUCUCUGUCACCUUUUCUGCACCUUCCAAUCACCGUCUCAUCUAUUUUUCGUACUGGAGUUUCUCAACGGAGGAGACUUGAGCUUUCAUCUGGGGCAGAUGGGCCGGUUUAGUAAUGAGCUGGCGCGGUUCUAUGCCUCGGAGCUGGUCUGCGGACUGCGCUUCCUGCACAAACGCGGCAUCAUCUACAGAGACCUCAAGCUGGACAAUGUCCUGCUGGACCACGAGGGCCACGUCCGUAUUGCCGACUUCGGUAUGUGUCAGAUGCAGAUCUUCCUGGACAGAACAGCGGACGCCUUCUGCGGAACAGUCGACUACAUGGCGCCAGAGGUUGUAUCCGGCAAGAAUUACAACCAAUCGGUGGACUGGUGGUCAUUCGGCAUUAUGCUAUACGAAAUGUUGGUGGGUCUGACGCCGUUUAUCGGUCUCGAUGAAGAUGAACUAUUCUGGGCGAUUCGGACUGAGGAGCCCUACUAUCCCCGGUUCCUGGAGCCAGACGCCAAGGAAAUCAUCAAAUGGCUGCUGGUGAAGGACCCCGCACUCCGACUCGGCUCUCCCGAGUGUCCUGCCGGCGGUGUCUGCAGCCAGCCCUUCUUCCGGCGGGUGGACUGGUACCUGGUGGAGCGCAAGCAGCACGAUCCGCCGCCGUUCAGACCGACACUGCUGACAAUGGCCGACUGCCGGUACUUCGAGGACGACUACACGACCCUGCCGGCGCGUCUGACCGACAUCCCUGACGACGUGCUCGCCGAGGUGCGCCAGGAUCGCUUCGCUAACUUCGACUACACCAAUCCGAACAUGACCGACUAGCCGACUUAGGGCUGUGCGAGGAUCGAAGGCGUGUUGGAGCGGUGCUCGUUUAGCGGCCUGUGAGACGUAAGUGUGGUAAACUCUUCCGCUUAAUAUGUCGCAUCAAGUAUUGACACGAAUUGAAUAAUUGCGUGCCAAUAAUCUGUUAAGUGCAAUGGGAAUGGCAGUGAUAGGAAUAGGAAAAUCGACUGAAGAAAGUCGAAGUGCUUUUCCAAUCCCAUGGAGUACUUAUUUUAAUUGCAUAUAGUUUGUCAAAAUACCGUAAAACGAAUCAUCCUCGAUUGAAUUCAGCGGCUUUCCGUGCGUGCUAUCGUAGUGCUGUUGUAUGCAACCAUCGUGAAUUAUGAAAUAACCUUAGGAAAGAUGGACCGCUGGCAAUACGUGCGAUGUUAGUUUUUUUUAUAUACCUGUAGAUAUUACGACAUUCCAUUCAUGAAUGUCCUGCGGUCGCUUAGAAGCACCGCUGAACUGUGAGAAAUGCAUCAACAUGAAAAGGCUGCCAAAAUGAGACAUGAAAAUAUAUGGUAAAUGGAAAAAUA